AUGCUUUAAGAAUACUAUAAUAGAAAGGUGUUAUUUAUAACUGGAUGUACUGGUAAGCAUAAUUAUGAUAUAUAAAAGGAUUUGUGGGCAAAGUAUUAUUAGAAAAGACUUUACGUUGUUUACCUAAUGUUGGAUGUAUUUAUGUUCUGAUCAGACAAAAGAAAGGUAGUAGUUUAAUGGAAAGAUUUAAACGUGAAAUUUUGGAUUCAUAAGUAAGGAAUAAAUAUUGAAUUAGUGUUUUGAUCGAUUGAGAUAGAUUCAUGGUGGAGGUUUUGAAAAAUUCAUAAUAGAAAAGAUUAUUCCUAUAGAAGGUGAUAUGUUAAAAGAAGGUUUAGGAAUGGCUGAGAAUGAUAAAAAUACAAUAAUUGAUAAUGUGAAUGUAAGCAAAAUGAAUAAUUUUUAGAUAAUUAUUAAUUGUGCCGCAAGUGUAGAUUUUAAUGCAAGAUUAGAUGAUGCAAUAUAAAUAAAUGUAAGGGGACCUUAAAGAUUUAUAGCAAUAGCAUAAAAAAUUAAAAAUUUAGAAAACUUUAUCCAUAUCUCAACAGCAUAUGUAAAUUCAGAUAAGGCUGGCUAUAUAGAAGAGAAAAUAUAUGAGCCAAAUUAAGAGAACUUGGAACAAUUAGUGUCUUAAUUAUUGAAAACACCUGUAAGUAUUUUGGAGAAGAAUGUAAAAGAUAUUAUUGGAGAUUUUCCUAACACUUAUACUUUUACAAAGUGUAUAGCUGAAAAAUUAUUAGUAUAAAACAGAGCUCCAAAUUUUCCAUUAACUUUUGUAAGACCAUCUAUAGUUGGAGCUUCAUGGAAGGAUCCAACACCUGGUUGGAUUGAUAGUUUGGUAGCAAGUAGUGCCAUAUUCUUCUUUGUUGGUUUAGGAUUAAUAAAAACUUUAAAUGGUGAUGAAUGUUUAAUUGGAGAUUAAGUACCUGUUGAUUAUGUAGCAGAUUUUACUUUAUCAGCUGGUGCAUAUUAGAAUGGAAGAAAGGAAGUAAGUGUUUAUCAUUGUUGUUCUUCUGCAAAAAAUCCAAUGACAUGGUAAUUAGCAAAAGUAGUUAAUGCUCAAUUUUGGACUAAAUCACCAAGUUCUCAAUAAUUUUCAAAACCUAAUUUAACAUUCUAUAAAAAUGAAAAAAUAUAUAAAAUUAUGUCUAAAGUUAAGAACGCUCCUGCUUUAAUAUAUUAUUAAGUAGCAAAUAAAAUAGGAAAUAAGGAAAUGAAAAUUUAGGCUAAAAGAUUAAGAAAGAUAAUAGAUAGAGCUGAAUCAAUAAACGAUACUUUCAAACCAUUUGUGAUAAAUGAAUGGAUUUUUGAUAGUUCUAACAGUAAUUUACUUAUAAAAUUCUUAAGUGAAUCUGAUAAGUAGUACUUUAACAUAGAUAUAGAGAAAUUGAAUUGGAGAUAAUAUUUAGAAAGAUUUAAUUGGGGAAUUCAAAAAUAUAUUUUGAAAGAUUAAGCAAGAGAAUUAAAUGAAUAAAGUACUGAUGUUCUUAGUUAAAGAAAUUAAUAAUCGUAUUUUAGUGAUAUUGAAUGGUGUCUUAGUAAUGGUUAGGAUUUUAAAACAAAAACUACAAAAGAACAAAUAAGUUUGGUCAUGAAUUCUUAGAGAGUAUAAUCAGUUAUCAAAUAAUUAGUUGAAGAAAAAUCUAAAAAAUAUUAAUAAACAACACUAAAUCUAGAGAAAUUGCAUUAAAAUAUUGAAAAAUAAGGUAUAGAUAUUUGUGAAGUAAUGUUUGCUAAUUAUAACAUGGGAGUCAUAAGAAUGUUUGCAUGGUUUAUAACUAAAGUGUUUAGAUAGAUAUAUGAAAAAGUAUAAAUAAAUGAACCUGCUUUAUUAGAACUUCAAAAUUAUGAUUAGAAAACAAGAGGUCCAUUAAUCUUUAUGCCAACCCAUAGAUCUUAUAUAGAUUUUAUAAUGGUAUUUUUCUAUUUGAUUGUUUUAGUGUUCUUAUGUCUUUUUCUCAUAUAAGAUUAAAUGUCCUCAUAUAGCAGCAGCAGAAGAUUUCUUAUCAAUGGCUUUAAUUCCAACAAUUUUAAGAGCAUCUGGAGCUUUCUUUUUGAAAAGAAAGUAAUUAGAAGAUAAUAUCUUAUAUAAAACCAUUUUUUAUGAAUAUGUUUAAAGAAUCUUAAUAGAAGAAUGUUAUUUAGAAUUCUUUAUUGAAGGAACUAGAUCUAGAACAGGUAAGACUCUAAAUCCAAAAUUUGGAUUGUUAAGCAUAGUUUGUGAUGCUGUGUUUGAUAAAAAGAUACCUGAUGCAACAAUACUACCAAUUACAAUAAAUUAUGAGAAAGUAUUAGAAGCUGAUACAUAUCCUUAUGAAUUAUUAGGUGAAGAGAAAGUUAAAGAAUCUUUAAUUAGAGUGAUUAAAGCAAUAAAAAUAUUAUCAUCAAACUUUGGAAGGAUUCAUGUAGGAUUUGGUAAAAUGAUAUCUGUAAAAGAAUGGUCAUAAUAAUAAGGAUUAGAUGCUUAUGAUAAUAUUAGAGAUCGUAAAAAGGGGGUUGAAACUUUAGGUUAUGAGGUUGCUUAUUAAUUAAUUGAAGAAAUGGUUGUUAUGCCAACAGGAAUAGUUUCAACAUUAUUAUUAAUGAAUAGAAGAGGAAUUACAGAAGAUUAAUUAAUAAAAAGAUUUGAAUGGGUAUUAAGAUAGAUUACAAAAAGAGGAGCAAGGACUUCUAUAACAAAUAAUGGAUAAAGUGAUGUAGCAGUAAGAAAUUCAAUUGGAUUUUUAUAAGAUUUAGUUGAUAAAAAGAAGAAAAAUGUAUUUGAAUUAACAUUAAUACCUAAAUAAGAAUAUAAGAGCAUAUUAUUAUUAAGUUAUUAUAGGAAUCAAUUAGCUCAUAUAUUUUUUAGUGAAGGAAUAGUUUGUUGUGCUUUAAAUGGAUUUGGACAUCUAUUAUCCCAUAAAGAAGGAGUAAGUGUAGAGAGAUUAUGGGAAGAGAGUGAUUUCUUAUUGAAAUUAUUAAAAAGAGAAUAUGUAAUAAGAAAUAGAAUUACAUCUAAAGAAUAAAUGAUAAAUUUCAUAUAAUCUAUGAUAGAUAAAAAUGUAUUAGAAAAAGUUAUUGAAAAAAUUAGAGUUAAUCAUCAAUUUGGUGAGUAAGCAUCUUAAUUUACAUGUUCACUAAUUUGGCCUUUAGUGGAAUGUUAUUGGGCUACUAUUGUCUAUUUAUAUUAAUUGAAAAGAGUUAGCGACAUAAACACAACUUUUGAGUUGUCAGAAUUAAUUACUUAAAUUUAAGGUUUUGCAGAACAAAUGUAUGGAGAACAUAUUAUGGAACAUUAUGAAAGUUGUUCUAUUGAAACUAUUAAAAAUGCCAUUAAUACUUAUUAAACUAUGAGAUGCAUUAAUAUCAAUAAAAAAGAUGAUUCUGAUUAAGUAAGUAUUGUAUUUACUGAUCCAGAAGUAAAAAAUUUAUACUAUUAUUUAGUUAUUGGAAGUUGAAGCUUAAGUCAAAAAAUAUUUAAAGAAUAAUUAUUCAAAAUCUAUAUCGAACCCUAUAGAUAUUGCUAGAUCUUUGUUGGAUUAUACCAUUAUUCCUAAAUUAUGA